UGCUAGCUCGUCGCUGCACUAACCGACAGUCAGAAAAACUUCGAUCCCUCAGCAGAGUUGGAUGCCUUCCAGUUACUGACAGCUUUGGCCUAAACACUGUAGCGUGGCUGGGAUACACGCACAACAGAUCCCUCGCCCGCACUCGUGUGCUGCUCAGGCCACGGAAGGUCAGGACAGCUGAUAAUGUGCAGCUGCUUCUUCUGAGACUAACCCUUAACAUCUGCAGAACGCACCUGACCUGUGGCCGUCCCACGCAACUUGCCCCAGUCAGCCCUGCCUUGCAGUGUCAGACCACGACCAUUCGAGGGGAGAUGAAGCCGGAUGGGGUUGCCACGGCAGCGCUGGAGCCAAUGGAAACAUUGGAAUCCAAUCCAGUGAAUGAUGGCGCACCAGCCGGGGACCAGGAGCCCAAUCAGGCAGCCAGCGGGGUGGAAGAGGCGAUGCCACAGCAGCUGGGGAGUGAAGGAGGUCAGGAAAAACCACAGGGAGAUCAGGCCAAGGAAACCCCAGCUGCCAAGACCAACAACAAGACCUCGGGAGACCCCAAAGCCAAGGGUACCAACAAGACCGCGACCAAGACGAAACCCGGCAACACAACUCAAACCAAGGCUACAACCGGCUCACGGCCCAACACAUCGCAGAGCCGCGUCGCAAACGGUGUGUCCAAACCUCAGAGCAACGGUGUUGCUAAGAAGACCACGCCUGCAGCGGACAAAAAGAGCACCCUGACCUCAGCUUCGUCCAAAAAACCAACAGGAACUGCCGGCGCUCCAGCCUCCAAAACAUCGGCUAAAGUGUCUGAGAAGAAAGCCACGGGGGCUGCUCCUGCCACCAACGGUGCAAAGUCAACCACCGGAACGACAGCAGCCAAAAAGACACCAUCCACAAAUGCAAAUGGUGUCAAAUCCAAUACCGCUGCAGCAGCUGCUGCUAAAAAGCCCUCAGCUCCCAAGCCUGCCUCUGCAACUUCCACCAAGCCCAGCUCUGUUGCCUCACCCAAACCCGAUAAGCCCCCCGUUUCCAAGACAACCAGGCCCACAACCGGCACAACUUCAUCCCCUCGUCCUGCCACGGGCUCAUCUCGGCCACCUACUAGCAGCAACGCCAAGAGCUCCCCUGCUACAACCAAACCUGCCACUCCUAAAACUCCCUCUGCCGCCGCCAAGCCGGCUACCCCCAAACCAACCUCCACUACCCCCUCUGGUGGCAAACCUCCAUCUCAAACAUCCAAAACCACAACCCCUGUGAAAAAAGAUGUCACCAAACCAUCCACGCCAGCAGCCAAAAAGCCUGCAGACUCCCCCCUUACUCGCCCUUCUUCUACAACGAAGUCAGCAAAAUCCGAGACUUCCAAGUCAGCUUCAAAAUCAGAGGUCACUACCAAAAAGCCUGCUACUAACAAGCCAGCAGACACAAAGACACCUAACCGCCCCAAAACACAAGAGAGCAAGCCUACACCAGCUAAGACUCCUGGCUCCAAAACCAAGACCUCCAGCCCCAAGAAAACUGUGGGAAGCAGCACACCAACUCCUGUUAAACGUGCCCCUAAAGCUGCCACAGCCGCUGAACCUGAAAAGGAGGUUGCCGCAGCUGUAGCUGCUGCAGCAGCGAUUGCCGCCACAGCAGCUGUUGCUGCGCCAGAACAACCAGAGCCUCCUGCAGAAGUAGCUGUGGAGCCAUCCAUUACAACUCUUGAAGAAAAAUCAGCAGAGCUCACACCAGAACCAGAACUAGUCUGUGCACCAGUGGCUGAAUCAGUUUAUGAACCAAAACUAGAACCCGCACGGGAAUCCACACCAGAACCCGUCAGGGAACCCACACCAGAACCUGUCAGGGAACCCACACCAGAACCUGUCAGGGAACCCACACCAGAACCUGUAAGAGAACCCACACCAGAGCCUGUCAGGGAACCUACACCAGAACCUGCAAGGGAACCUACACCAGAGCCUGUCAGGGAACCCACACCAGAGCCUGUCAGGGAACCCACACCAGAACCUGCAAGGGAACCUACACCAGAACCUGUAAGAGAACCUACACCAGAGCCUGUCAGGGAACCUACUCCAGAGCCUGUCAGGGAACCUACACCAGAACCUGAAAAAGAACCUACACCAGAGCCUGUCAGGGAACCUACACCAGAGCCUGUCAGGGAACCUACACCAGAGCCCGUAAGAGAACCAACACCAGAACCCGUACAAGAACUAAGUUCACAUCAAGAAGAAGAACCAUCCCCCGAGGCAUCUGUAGCUCUCCUGUCUGACCCACCAGCAGAGGAGGAGGCAGAACCGGUCCAUGAAGCAGUGUGUGGUGUUCAGCUCCCUGCACAGAUAGAUCCUUUCAAAUUUGAGGAGCCUGCCAACGACUCCCUGGGUACUACCGUCAUGUCUCCUCCUUGUUCCCCACAAGGCCCUGCUUCUCCUGUCAGAGACCAACAGGAUGCCUACUCUCUCCUGGGCACCCAUGUCCUCUCUGAUCCCUGGAACAUCAACCAAAGCCCAAGCAGUAUGAUGAACUUCCAGAGAGAAGAGGAACAGUGCCAGCAGUUUGAGGCUCAGGAGACACAAGAGGAGGAAGAGGACGAAGAGCAGGAAGAAGAAGAGAAGGAAAACUUGUUUAUGCAUACCCCUGCAGCUCCCGAGGCCUUUAAUAACACAGUGCAACCUCACUUAUUGGGUGCCUCGCCUCUGGAUGAUUUCAGCCCCAGAGGCCUGAUCUCUCCUCAUGAAAAGGAGGAGGCCGUGGAAAAGGCUGAUGAGGAAAUCAACGAGGAUGAUGAUGAGGAAGAGUAUGAUGAUGAUGAAGAUGAGGAACAAAGGAGACUGGGCCAUCAGCCUUCGUCCUUGAUCACUGACAUGAGCACAUCUCAGCCCUCUGACGAGUUCCAGGUGCGCUCCUCUGCCUUUGGAGGUUCAACAGGGUGGCACGGUGACGACUUGCUGUCUGGGAUGGACUCCGAGGAUGUGAGCAGCUGUACCAGCAGCCGACAGCAGGGGGUCUCUGACCUUAGUAGCACCCAGCAUACUGCAAUUCUGGAGGGCACCCAGAGUUCAGAUGCCCUGGUUGACACUAGCCUCCGUGGUUCUGAGGGAGAUGGUAACCUCAUGGGUUCUCCCAAUGUGGAAACCCUAGCCAAUGAAGAAGAGGACGAGGAUGAUGAGGAUGAGCGGGUGGAUGAUAUGGAUUUGAGCUCUGAGAGGGUAGACGAACACCAUAAAGUUUUCCAAGAGCAAGGGCAAGAUGAGGAAGAGGAUGAAGACGUGGAAAUGCGCAGUGAAGGAGUGAUGGAGAGCUGUGAGAAUGAGGAUGACUUUAAUGAGGAGGCGCAUUUAGAUAACCUCAAUCAAUCAGGUCCUCCGCCCUCAAUCCCUGCAUCCUCCUGGGACCAGACCAACCCCUUCUGUGACACCUGGGCUCAGCCAGCCUCACUGCUCUCCGUCUCCUCCCCCAGCCCCUUGUCCGACCACGGUGCUGCCGAGUCUGAAACGCCCACCCAGUCUCCUGCCCAGGCAUGUUUGGACGUCAGCGCCCCAUCCUUUGCUCCUGAGAUGGAGCAAGAAACCGACUUCCAUCAGUCAUCAUAUGAGGAGACGAAGGGUCCAGUUCCUGCAGAGGCUCCCACCCUACUUGCUGCCCCACCUGUAGGCAUGUCCCAGUCCAGCACUCUAAGCGGCACAGCUCUGGCAGCCCACAGCAGCAGCGAGACAAGCACUCCAGAGGAACUCCGUGACUAUGACAGCAGCUCUGGAGUCGAGUCCCGCUCUGACAAGCAGCAGACCCCAGUGCCUGCUUCGGUCCAGCCUGACAUGGAGCAGGAUCUCGGUAUUCACUUAGAAAAAGGCGAUGGAGAAGAGGAGGAAGCCGAGACGCUCCCCGCCGACGAGGUCCUGGGCACCGGACCCCCAACUGCUCCUGCAUCCGCCCCUUCUUCCCCUUCCACCUCGGGAGACGAGGCCAGCGAUACAGAAGGGGAGAUGCAAAUAAAUGACCCUGAAGCACCCAUGAUGAUAGAUGAAAGUGCCGGGUUUGAGAGUCCUCCUCAGACGUGUAGCCUGCCUGCUCUCGAGGAGGAUGAAGAGGCUGGGGACACACCAGCUGGAGAGUGUGAGGAGGAUGGGGGCGGGGCCACCCCUCAGUCAGCCAAUUCUGUAGCGUCUUACGGCUUCGACUGCACCACAUCCAACUCCAACGCCCACUCCAUGGCUGAGAGCUGCGGGAAGAGCCCUGGAAUCUUCUCCUUGGAGAACGAGGAGCAGCUGCCAGAGGAGGCCAAGGACCCCUCCCUCAUCAAGGAGCUGACGCUGCCAUCAGCUGCCACCUCCGCCCUUGCAGAGGACCUGCUGGGCAGAUCUGUGGACCUGAUGCCUUUGGGUCACCCGGAGGACAACCAUCCCAGUCUAGAUGACCACCACUACAUGCUCGGAGGGAAGAUUGCAGCAGACCAGCUGGAGGACAUCGAUCCAGUCGAGGCCGAGGAAUCUGGAGACACCGGCGACAACCAGGCGUCCUACUACUCUACCAUAUCUGAUAAGACUGAUAGUUUUCUGGCAGGUAACGUAUAAGUCCCUCCUGUUACCCCCCGGAAUGCACCUUUUCCCUGCAACCCUCCCCCUUUUACCUGUUUUUUUCUUUUGUUUUCUCUCCAAUUGGGUUAGAUGGUUAGAAGAAGAAAAAAAAAGGAGAGCAAGAUUGUAGGAAAAAAGAUUUUAAAGAAGGAAAAAAAUGACUGUAGCAAUUUUUAAAUGAAGCCUCCCUCUUUCAUACUGUUAUGGUCACGGUUAUGAGUGUAUGGCUUAAACUCCAUUUUUCUAGUAGGAUGUUCUUUUUAAGUAACCCUGCUUAUUCUGUAGCCCCUGAUGGGGUAUUGACUGAUUGGUCCAAUGUGACUGAGCUUUUAAACCGAAAAAAGGAAAAAAAAAAAAGACAACACACAGACGGAAUAAUAUGGACUCAUUGUGUAUUUAUCCUACUGUUUUUACCAAUCAAAUGUCAAUGAUUUUUUGUUGUUGUUUUGUAUUUGCUUAUUUGUUGGGUUUUUUGUUUUGUUUUGGUUUCUGUUAAAACCUGGUCCUCCCCUUCCCUGUGUACACACACUCCAUGUUCAACAGCACCAUAGCGAUAGUCGCUUUUUUUUAUUUUUUAAAAGGUUUGUGUUCUGCUUUCAAAACUUUUAGCUAUCAAAAUAAAGGCUAGAUAUUAACACAGCAGGUUUUAUUUUGCCGUUACAGAUUAGUUGACGUAGGUGUGUGUGUGGGGGGGCGGUCAAUAGAUUGCAGUUGGUGGCGCUUUUAAUGUGUGCUUCAAGAGGUUCUACUGCUCUUUGCAUAGGUUGUUAAGGUAUAUAACGUGCAGUCACGUACAGUAUGUGUUUCAGGCGUUUGGUUAAGUGGCUUCAAGCUUCGAGCCUCAGUUAGCAGAUCAUUUGUGUUCCAAGAAGAGACUAACGGCUAGCCUUUUUAUUCGUGAUGAGACGCUACAUAAUCUCCACAUCACAGCUUUACACUCUCUGAAACCUUUUCAUAGUGGGCGUUUGGUUUACUAUUUCAACAGUAUAUUGCAUGUUUAAUUAACAAAGACUCUGUACUACCUGGAAAUUUGCAACAAUUCUACACUAGACAUGAUGUUCAGAAAUGAAUGGUUCACAUUAGGUUAUCUUUCAAAAUUCCAUUAAAAUAUCAUUGCAAGGUA